CAAAGUAUCCAGACAGCUCUACUCACCAAACUGUUCAAAGUUGACUAUUAAACUUUUCAGUUUAAGCAUUAUGACAAAGGAAGAAUCUUAUAGGGAAGAGUUUAGUUAUGACAGGAUGCCAACUUUGGAACGUGGAAAAAAACAAAAUGGAAGUUAUGUUCCAGAUAUUCCUAGCAAUCUUCAGCUCUCCAAAAAAAAUCAUCCUUGUUUUUUUUAUAAAACAUGGAUUUAUUCAUUGCUGAUGGGGACUUGUAUUCUUGUUACCUCUGGAUUUUCCCUUUACUUGGGGAAUGUUUUUCCAUCUGAAAUGGAUUAUUUGCGCUGUGCAGCAGGUUCAUGUAUUCCCUCAGCAGCAGUGGCUUUUGCUAUAGCCAGAAACAAAGCUAAUGUGAUACCUGAUUUUCAGUUUCUAUUUGUUUCAACAUUUGCGAUUACAACAACAUGUUUAGUUUGGUUUGGAUGCAAGCUUGUCUUAACGCCUACAGCAAUAAAUAUAAAUUUCAACCUGAUUCUCCUGAUUCUGCUUGAGGUUUUCAUGGCAACUACUGUAAUAAUAUCUGCUAGAUCUAAUGAGGAAUGCUGCAGAAAGAAAAGAACAGUUAUUUAUGAUACUACUAGCACAUUGAAUAAUAUCAAUUUCCCAGUACGGAUUCUAAAAUCUUAUUCGGUAGUAGAAGUAAUUGUUGGAAUUUCUGCAGUGUUUGGAGGAAUAAUUGCCUUGAAUAUGGAUGUGCUAAUUUCUGGCCCGUACCUUUCGGUCACUUUUUUUUGGAUCUUAGUUGCUUGUUUUCCCAGUGCUAUUGCAAGUCAUGUUGCUGCUGAAUAUCCAAGCAAAUGUUUGGUGGAAGUUCUUAUUGCCAUAAGCAGUGUUACAUCACCCUUGUUAUUCACAGCUUCAGGAUACUUGUCUUUCAGUGUAAUGCGCAUUGUGGACAUGAUCAAAAACUAUCCACCAACAAUUCAACAGUCUUACGAUGUGCUACUCUUGCUUCUAAUGCUGAUGCUAUUAGUUCAAGCUUUUCUGACAACUGGGACAGUCAUACUCUGUGUAAAUUUUAAAGGAAAAAUGAAAAUGCAUGAUGCAUUAUGGGCAGUACCACUCACAAAUAAACAAGAAUACGAAACAACAGAGGUCUCCAAUAACAGCAUGAAGGAUUUUGAUAAAGAGAAAGCUUGGAAAGCUGUUGUAGUGCAGAUGGCUCAGUAAUUUGCACUUGAGAAACUGAACCAGGGAGAUUUUAGGGCUAAUUAAUCUUUGUUUACAAGAGCUGUGGUAUUAGAUGCAAAACAAUUAAUUUCAUAGCAACUCCAUUGUCCAGAAUGGCUUGAAAAUAAUUCUUGCAUCAAAAUAUUAUCAAUAAACAAUAAAAGUAAUAGAUUGUUCUAAUAGUACAUUUAUUCUAAUAGUACAUGUAUUAGAUUUAGCUCAUAUUAAUUUCAGGACUUUAUUUACAAACUCUGAUUUUAAACAGUACCAUUGUUAAUUAAAUAUUUUGACCACAUGUACAGUUAAUGCAAGUAACUAUGAAUUAGUUUUGUUAUUGCAAGAAACUAAUAGAAUUGCUGGUAUUUGGUUGAUAUAAAAUUUAUGCAAGUUUGUAACAAAUACAGUUUAUCCUUAAUCUUUUGCUGAUUAUUUUUUUCCAAGUUGAAUUUGUUUUUACUUUUGGAUAAAAUAAAAACCUUUAUUACAAGUCGGUUCUAGUAUUGGAUU